UUGUGUAAUAUUGUUUUUGAAGUCCCAGAUGAAAUGAAGCAUGAAUGCUAAUGAAUGUAGGCUUUGUGUUUAUCUGUUCAGACUGCAGAAGGCCCUGCUAAAAGAGAUGCAGCAUACGUGAUGUGAAAUUUCCCCUUUAUUUUGCGCAAACACUUUUAACGAGUUUCCAAAUGAAUCCUGUUCUCUGUAUUCUUUGGAUCAGGGACAAAAACUUGCCGUUUUGCUGUGUUUCUGGGAUGCGGCCUGGAUCUUUAAGGACCCCAAACUGUCAAAGUUGAAUGAAGUUAGGGGGCCACUGGGGCUAUGAGGUAGCGGCGUUUCCGUGGAAACAAAUCCACAUAGUCACAUGGCUUCAUACUAAUGAAUAUUCUCACCAGCUCUUUCCAGACCGAGCAGUUUGUUGGUCACUUUUGGCCUAUGCCAUCGCCAGCAUGAGCCUAACGGGGAUCGAUCUGUCUCUUAAUGGGACGGCCUUGUUGAAACCAAAUGACACAGAAACACAAGCCGCUCUCUAUGAAGUCAAGGUGUUCAACAUCACCCUUUCAUCAAUAGCUCUGUGCGUCCUGACAGUGACAGGAAUCAUCAGCUGUAUCUCGUACAGAAGACACAGAAGGAAGUGUAAACGGGCGCGUGUCUAUGAGAGCGCCAUAUCCAGCGAGGUUCCUGAAGAGCCAGUGGGUGUUAUGUGUGUGAGGAAAACCCAUAGUUUCCGUAACCCGCUCACCCUGUUCAGAAGACAGGAGGGGCCGAAGGACAACUCACGCAUCCACUACAUCUACACCAACCCUCUGCCUGUGGGACACGAGGAGGACAGGAUCCCCCCUCACACCGUGUCCAUACACACUCCAGUCACGCUGCAGGACUAUGCCAGCAACCCCACCAGUGGCAUCAUCCUGGCCCCGCCCAUUUUUUACAUGCAGCUGUAGAAAGUUAGUGUUUGAAGAACAGUGUGCACAUCGUCAUGUCAUCCCAAACCCGUAUCACACUCUUUCUACGUAGAACACAAAAAGAGACGUUUAGCAGAAUGUUCACGCUGCUCUUUUUCUUACAAUGUCAAGAGAAAUGCUGCGCAUCUUUUUCCAAGAGUUUAUUUGAGAUAAAACAGCUGAUUAAAGCGUGCUUUACAAAAGAAGCAGAAUGUGAAGUACAUCCACCAGAAAA